CCCGACGGUGGAGCCCGCGGCGCCGAGGGAGGCGGGCGCCCGCCCCGAGCCCCGGCCGGCCCGGCAUGGACCUGCGCUUCUACCCCGCGGCCGGGGACCCCGCCGGCCUGGACUUCGCGCAGUGCCUGGGCUACUACGGCUACGGCAAGUUCGGGAAUAACCAUAACUACAUGAACAUGGCCGAGGCCAGCAACGCGUUCUUUGCGGCCAGUGAGACGUUCCACACGCCGAGUCUCGGGGACGAGGAGUUUGAGAUCCCCCCCAUCACGCCUCCGCCCGAGUCGGACCCCGCCCUGGGCCUCCCCGACGUGCUCCUGCCCUUCCAAGGCCUCAGCGACCCCGGGCCCGCCCAGGGCAGCGAGUUCGCCCCCCAGUUCCCGCCGCAGAGCCUGGACCUGCCGUCCAUCACCAUCUCCAGGAAUCUCGGGGAACAAGACGGCGUGCUCCACAGCGGCGGGGCGCACAUGGAUCAGAGCCACACCCAGGUGUCCCAGUACCGCCAGGAUCCGUCCUUGAUCAUGAGGUCCAUCGUCCACAUGACGGAUGCUGCCCGCUCGGGGAUCAUGCCUCCCGCCCAGCUCACCACCAUCAACCAGUCUCAGCUCAGUGCUCAGUUGGGGUUGAACUUGGGAGGAGCCAGUUUGCCCCAUACGUCUCCUUCCCCUCCAGCGAGCAAAUCGGCCACCCCCUCCCCUUCCAGCUCCAUCAAUGAGGAGGACGGGGAUGACUCCAGUAGGGCCAUUGGGGAGAAGAGAGCGGCUCCAGAUUCCGGCAAGAAGCCCAAGACGCCAAAGAAAAAGAAGAAGAAGGAUCCCAACGAGCCCCAGAAGCCAGUGUCCGCAUACGCCCUGUUUUUCAGGGACACACAGGCGGCCAUUAAAGGUCAGAACCCCAACGCCACCUUUGGAGAAGUCUCAAAGAUCGUGGCGUCCAUGUGGGACAGCCUGGGAGAGGAGCAGAAGCAGGUGUAUAAAAGGAAAACGGAAGCUGCCAAGAAGGAGUACCUAAAGGCGCUUGCUGCAUACAGGGCCAGCCUCGUGUCUAAGGCGGCUGCUGAAUCGGCAGAAGCCCAGACCAUCCGAUCUGUCCAGCAGACCCUGGCGUCCACCAACCUGACAUCCUCCCUCCUCCUCAACCCUCCACACGGAGCGGUGUCGGCGGCGGCGGCCGCGCCCCAGGCCCUGCAGCAACAGUCACUCCCUCGCUCCAUCGCUCCCAAGCCCUUGCCCAUGAGGCUGCCCGUGAACCAGAUCGUCACGGCGGUCACCAUUGCCGCCAGCAUGCCGUCGAACCUUGGGGCGCCGCUCAUCAGCUCCCUGGGUGCCAGCUUGGUGGGCUCAGCAUCCGCCACGCAGGUGAGCCCGUCCGCGCAGACCCCUCAGCAGCAGCAGCAACAGCAGCAGCUGCAGCAGCAGCUCCAGCAGCAGCAGACCCAGCAGCAGCAGCUCCAGCUGCAGCAGAUGCACCAGCAGCUCCAGCAGCAGAUGCAGCAGCAGCUCCAGCAGCAGAUGCAGCAGCAGCUCAGCCAGCAGCACCUGCAGCAGCAGCUCGGCCAGCAGCACCUGCAGCAGCAGCUCCAGCAGCAGCUGCAGCUCCAGCAGCAGCUGCAGCACAUGCAGCACCCGGCGUCGCAGCCUUCACCGCGCCAGCACUCGCCUGGUGGCGCCCCGCAGCUGACAUCCCCCGUCCCCGCCAUCGGGAGCCCCCCGCCGGCCUCCCAGCCGCAGCACCAGGCGCAGGUACAGUCCCAGACACAGACGCCAGUGUUGCCGCAGGUCAGUAUUUUCUGAAGACGCGCAGCGAGCCGAGUGGCAGGCAGGCGGAUGGAUGGAUGGAUGGAUGGAUGGGCACUCGGUGGCCAGCGGAGGGUCCACUGUCCCCAUGGUGGAGACUCCUCCAUCCCACGGCGGAGACUCGGAGGUCGGAGGUCGGUGUUGGCCCCGCAGACAAGCAUCGCCGAUGCCACGGCCCUCCGGAGUGUCUAUGAGAUAGGCAAUAAGAACCACAGCGUAGCUGAGCAUCCUCCCCUCGCAAGUGCGAAAACCGCGUGGGUUUUCCACAAGACAAGCUGUGCUCUUGGAUGUGAUGCCUUUUCUUAAUUUAUUCAGGCUCUACCUACGAUAUGUGAAUCAAACCGUCUCCUGAGUCCUGGGACCGGCCGAGGGCGACGGGGGCCUCUCUGAGUCACCGGACGUGACUGCCUAGACGGCACUUCCAGGCCACGGGGCCUCCUGACCCCCCCACCAUGAAAAGCACAGUUGUAAACUACCUGAACCGGGACAGUCCCAUGUCAUACAGACAUUGGUAUGACAUGGCUAGUCGAUGGCAUUUUUUUGGUCAUGGAAAAAUAAUAAUAAUGUAAAUCACAGACUUUUGCCAAAGGUCUUAUUUUUUUUCCUCCUAAAUAUCUCCAGAAAAAGAAAGAAAAACAAAACAAAACACACAAAAAAAACAACACAAGUGAUUAGGUUCAGUUAUUGACUCAUUCCCACUCUUUACCCACGCUGUCUCCAAACUGAACAAUAUCUAAUGACCGCGUUAGCCCAUUAUGGCCAUUCCAAUUAGAGGGAAAGAAUGUGAAUAUUAUAUUCUGUGUUUUGAGUGACAAGUUUCGAAAAGUAAAAAAAAACACACUGUAUUUUUAAAAAGGGAAAUGAACUUAAAUGAAAGCAGUUAUUACAAAAGUUAAGAUUUAAAGUAAAAAAAAACAAAAGCGAGAGUUUUUAUUAUGACGUACUACCGGUAGACUAUGUAACAGGCUCACCGCACCAGAGUAAUCAAUGUAAAUAUUUUCUUUCCGAGGUGUACGUUUUCCUAUCAUGUGUUGUAAAGUUUUCAUACACGAGGCUUUAACGUAAACACUGAUGACCACCGACCAUCCAUUGCUACGUUGCUUAUUGUGUUUUUACGCUGUUUUAUACUUUUUUUAUGAGUUACGAUAGCAGCCAUUGAGUUGUUUGUAUUUUGCUUAACUGAAACAA